GCUACCGUAGACACCUCGGUAAAAAACGGCCCUCCUUUAAAGUUCCUGGGGGAAGAGUGAAGGGACCUGGGCGAACCACGGGAGAGGGGCCAAGAUUGAGCUCACAGGAUAAAUAUUUAUACAUUAUUCAUCCCGGGAGGAGUGGUGUUAAAGUGAAGACAAGGUUUGGGGACAUUUUAUCUGAUUGUGCAACACGGAAAACCGAGGGCUCCACUGCUCGAGAACGUCAGAAAAUAAAGAAAAUGGCGGAGCCGGACAAAUUAAACAUCGACUCUAUAAUUCAGCGCCUCUUGGAAGUCAAGGGAUCUCGGCCAGGGAAGAAUGUCCAGCUGACAGAAGGCGAGAUCCGUGGCCUUUGCCUCAAGUCCCGUGAAAUCUUCCUGAGUCAGCCAAUACUGCUUGAACUAGAGGCUCCCCUCAAAAUCUGUGGCGAUGUCCAUGGUCAGUACUAUGAUCUGCUCCGGCUGUUUGAAUAUGGAGGCUUCCCCCCAGAAAGCAACUACCUGUUCCUGGGUGACUAUGUAGACAGAGGGAAGCAGUCACUGGAGACUAUAUGCCUGCUCCUUGCCUACAAGAUUAAAUAUCCAGAGAACUUUUUCCUGCUGCGUGGCAACCAUGAAUGCGCCUCCAUUAAUCGAAUCUACGGCUUCUAUGAUGAGUGUAAGCGACGGUAUAAUAUUAAGCUGUGGAAGACCUUCACAGAUUGCUUCAACUGUUUACCUGUGGCUGCCAUUGUAGAUGAGAAAAUCUUCUGCUGUCAUGGAGGCCUCUCUCCUGAUCUCCAGUCAAUGGAGCAGAUCCGCAGAGUAAUGCGACCCACAGAUGUGCCUGACCAGGGUUUGUUGUGUGACCUGCUGUGGGCCGACCCAGACAAAGAUGUGCUAGGCUGGGGUGAAAACGACCGUGGUGUCUCCUUCACAUUCGGGGCAGAUGUGGUGGCCAAAUUUUUGCACAAACACGACAUGGACCUAAUAUGCAGGGCACAUCAGGUGGUAGAAGACGGUUAUGAGUUUUUUGCAAAGAGGCAGCUCGUCACCUUAUUCUCGGCUCCCAACUACUGUGGAGAGUUUGACAACGCUGGUGCCAUGAUGAGCGUGGAUGAGACGCUCAUGUGCUCCUUCCAGAUUCUGAAGCCAGCAGAUAAGAAAUUGUAUCCUUAUGGUGGAGGGGGAGGAAUGGGAUCUGGGAGACCAGUUACCCCACCGCGAAAUUCAGCCAAGGCCGCCAAGGCCAAGAAAUAACACCCGCUGGGUGCCCCUCCAACAACCUGCCACCCCCUGUCGGCCCAACACUCUUUUUUCCUCUACCUCCCAAACUUGUUUCUCCCUCGUCACCAAACGGCAACAAAGCAAACAAGUGUCCAGGGUUCAAUCAUGUUUUUUCUCUCUGAAACAAUUUUUAACUGUUUGUUUGGCUGUUUGCGUGUAAUUUUUGUGUGUGAAUGUGUAUAAAAAGUGAGAAUGACACAGAGGGAACAGCUGUAUUCUGUAUGUAUGAUUUAUUUUUUUUUUCCUUCUUCCUUCUGUACCCUCUGUUCUGUUUUCCUGUCAUGUUGUUGAGAUGGGUCCGAGCUUAUCCGUGAUGUAAAUUCAAACCUGGGUGCAGGGGG